UAUUGGGCGGGGCUUAGUUUGAACCCGAGUCCCGCCGCAGGGCGAGGUGUCAGGUUUCCUAAGCUAAGCUAAGCUAAGCUAAGCUCCGUCAUUACCAGCGGGGACUUGUAACGGACCUGCCCGCUGCUCGGUUCACAUCAGCGGGCUUUUAUGGAGCAACGCCGCGGUCUUUAGCCGGUUGUUCUCUUUAGUUAAAGUUAAACAGAGUUGCUUCGUUAUCAUGGCGGAGGGAGCGGACGGCGCGAAGAGGAGACAGCCAGCCGGGAGGAAGAGCCGAGCGAGCCAGCACAAGAAGAGCUCCAGCAGCCGGGUGAGUCUGGAGAAGGUUUUGGGUAUCAGCGCAGCCAGCGGCAGCAGUUUGACCUCUGACCCCAACACUGGACUCAUCGCCUAUCCUGCAGGGUGUGUCAUCGUGCUGCUUCACCCGAAGAAGAACAAACAGAGUCACAUCAUCAACACGUCCAGGAAGCCCUUCACUGCUCUGGCCUUCUCCCAUGAUGGAAAACACCUGGUCACUGGUGAGAGUGGUCACAUGCCCUGUGUGCGGGUGUGGGAGGUGGACGGAGGUCAGGUGGCGGAGGUCCAGUCUCAUAAAUACGGAGUUUCCUGUGUGGCGUUCUCCACCAACAACAGCUACAUCGUCUCCGUGGGAUACCAGCAUGACCGGACUGUUAGUGUGUGGGACUGGAGGAAAGGUUCGAUCGUCGCCUCCAACAAAGUGUCCAGCAGAGUUUUCGGCGUCUCCUUCUCUCAGGACAACAGCUACUUCGUCACCGCGGGAAACCGACACGUCAAGUUCUGGUACCUGGACGCCUCUAAAGAACGACGGGUUAACAGCACGGUGCCUCUGAUUGGUCGCUCUGGGUUGCUCGGCGAUCAUAAGAACAGUGUGUUCAGCGGGGUGGCGUGUGGGCGUGGCCUCAUGGCUGGCAGUACCUACUGCAUCACCAGCUCCAGCCUGCUGUGUCUGUUCAACAGCAGCCGACAGCUGGAGGCCUGGGUCAACCUCAAGACGUCGUUGGCGAGCUGUCUGGCGGUCAGCGAGAACUUCAUCUUCUGCGGUUGUGCUGACGGCGUCAUCAGAGUGUUCAGUCCAUCCAACCUGCAGUACAUCGCCACGCUGCACCGACCACACCGGCUGGGCGUCGACCUCACCAGCAGUCAGUUACCUGCCAGUCCAGGUGCUCAGUACCCUGACACGUUGGCUCUGACCUUUGACCCCACCGCCAAACACCUGACCUGUGUGUACAACGACCACAGCGUGUAUGUGUGGGACGUUAAAGACGUGGGGAACGUGGUGAAGCUGUACUCUGCUCUGUACCACAGCGGCUCCGUGUGGAGUGUCGAAGUGUACCCGGAGCUGUCCGACGUGUCUCAGGCCUGUCUGCCUCUGUCGUCCUUCUUCACCUGUUCGUCCGAUAACACCAUCAGACUGUGGCACGCCGACCCGCCCACCGGCCACAGAAACCUCUACAGCAACGACCUGCUGAGGAUUUUGUACGUGGGCGAGAACACGCAGCACCUGCAGGCAGAGGGCGAGUCGGCUGAUGGCAAGGCUGGGAUCAGAGUGCUGGGCAUCAGUCCUGAUGGACGACACCUGGCAGCCGGAGACCGAUGUGGAAACCUGCAUAUCUUUGGUCUGGAGUUUCUGGACGAGCUGGUGAAGAUUGAGGCUCACGACUCUGAGGUGUUGUGUCUGGUGUUUUCACCCACGUCCACAGGUGUGAAGCUGCUGGCGUCGGCCAGCAGGGAUCGACUAAUCCACAUCUUCAACCUGGAGAAGAACUACAGUCUGGAACAGACUCUGAACGACCACUCCGCCUCCAUCACAGCCGUCAAGUUCACCGGAGAGAGUCCCGAGGUUCGCAUGGUGAGCUGUGGAGCCGACAAAAGCAUCUACUUCCAGUCAGCUGAACAGACAGCGGACGGGUUGUCGUUCUCCAGGAGUCACCACGUGGUGGAGAAGACGACGCUGUACGACAUGGACCUGGACUCAUCGAGGACGCACGUCGCCAUCGCCUGUCAGGACCGAAACGUCAGGGUUUACAACGUGGAGACAGGGAAGCUGAAGAAGUGUCUGAAGGGCUCGUCCAGUGAUGAAGGAGCUCUGCUGAAGAUCCAGAUGGAUCCGUCAGGGUCGUUCUUUGCCACCAGCUGCUCCGAUAAAAACAUCACCAUCUUCGACUACGAGUCGGGAGAGUGUGUCGCCACCCUGUUCGGACACUCCGAGAUCGUCACCUGUAUGAGGUUCAGUCAGGACUGCAGACACCUCAUCACCGUAUCAGGAGACAGUUGUGUGUUCGUGUGGAGGUUGGACCCUCAGAUGACCAGCACCAUGAGGAAGAGGCGUGGCCUAAAACUGGCCGCUGCACCUGAAACCUGCAGCCGCAAACAGCCGAACAUCAGGAGAGAGACCUUCAUCACUGUGCCGUCCUCUCAGCUGCCUCACAUGGAGGAAGAGGAGGAGGAGGAAGAGCUCGACCUCAGAACUCCAGCCAGGCUGGACUUAGGUCAAGAUCCUCCACCGCUUCAGACCAACGGAAAGCUGCCCAUGUGGUUCAGAAAACUGCAGGGUCAGGGCGAAGCUUCCACCAGCGUCCAAUCAGGCGCUGAGCCUCGUCAGGUACGCAGUCGGUGGGCGGAGCAGCUGGACCCUCUGAUCAUCUGUGCCAACUUCUCACCCAGUCAGAUGGAGGAGGACGAGGAAGAGGAGCAGGAGGAGGAGGAAGACUUCCACCCUCAGAGUCUGGAGAGUCUGCUGGAGGUGGAGGAAGACGAAGAUGGAGAGGAAGAGAAGGAGGUGCUGCAGAAUCCAGGUGAGGACAGGAGCACCUUCAUCCUCUACCCCAACACCGCCAACACGACGACGGACAGGGAGUUUGACAUCGAAGGUGUGACCGACCCUCAAAAGACUCAGGUAGAGGUCAGAGGUCAGGGGGCGGGGCCAGUGUGGAGCACUCAGCUGAGUCCAGACUCCGCCUGCUCUGAAGGCUCGGCAGGAAGUGUGGAGCAGCAGCACGACCCUGACACCGACUCUCUCAGUCAGGGCAGCUCUGUGGGCAGCCUGUGUCUGGAGGACGACGAGGACAGGAACUCCUUGAAGAGCCACUUUGACACUCUGGCCUCCAGCCUGAGCGACGAGAAGUUCGACACCGACCCGAGAACUCUGCAGCCUCCGGAGGAAAAACACUUCCUGAACCCUCGACUCAGCAUCUCCACCCGCUUCCUGUCCCGAUUCCAGGACAAAAUCAAGGCGUGGCCCAGCCGAGCUCCGCCUCCUGUCUCAGUCACAACCAGGAUCUCAGAGGAGAGCAUCGUCAGCAACACAUCGGUGAACUCGGAGCUGAGCAGCGAGGUCACCUCAACUGAGUCGACCCACAAAGACAACAGCGGAGUCCUUCAUCGUAGAGCUUCCUGCAUGAUUUCCCAUCAGCCCCUUCGUCACCCAAGACGCCGGCGACACACUGUCGUGGUCGUCCAGUGCAGAGAAACGCUGCGAGACGCCUCCUCCAGGAACCUGCCGGCCCGCAGCAGCGUGGCCUCUACAGUCCAGCAGGCGCCACCUCGGCUCGGAUACCUGGGAACGACUGCCAGCUCUCGGGCGAAGCUGAGCCAGGACUCCACCUCCACUCAGGAGGAGGAGGAGAAGGAAAACCUUCCCUCCUCCUCCUCCGACCUCCACCUGCUGUCUGCUGGUCUGGACUUCCAAGGCAAUACACCUGAGCUCCAUGAGGACCAGAUAAGAAGUGUCCCGCAGGUGUUGGCCACGCCCACUGAGGUGAUGUCACUGAGUGAAGGCAGCAGGUGGAGCGUCAGCAGCGUCGAUGAGAUGCUGACGAGUCAAAACCAAACCGUCAUCCAAAGCCCCGCCCCUUCCAUCACGCCGACAGGCACACCCACCGUCUGUGACAUCAUCACCUGCUCCACCUCCACACGGGGGGAAAGUCCUGGAGGGUCCGAGACCAGGAUCCAGACUGAUCCAGGUGAGACUGAUCCAGAUCCGUCUGCUGACCUGCCCUCCUCUUCCUCCUCCCCCCUUUUGAAAACACUCCGCCCCCUUCAGACAGGUUCAGGUGACGUGGAUGAGUCGGUCAGUUUGUUGCAGUGUCAGCAGGUCGCCGACGAGCUGAAACAGACAGCGAGACGAGCCGCACACCUCUACCAACAGCUAUGCGCUUCAGUCGAGUCUUCGGAUCGGCGUCUGCAGAUGUCGUCCGUCCUGCAGGAGGCGUUUGAUGUCGUUAACUCUGUGCUGCAGGGUGGAGACGGGCGGGGCGGCGGCGGCAGCGCCCCCUCUGGUCCACUGGAGGACGACAGGACGAUGUCGCUGCUGGAGAAAUACUCUGAGCAGCUGGUUCAGAUGACCCAGAACAAACUGAACAGAAUCUGAACCACGACCAGGUACGCCUCAGGUACGGAGGCUGAAAGAGACAAACUUCACUUCAACGUCAGCCUGAGCUGAUUUUAUAAACGUCAGUAUUAAAUUUAAAAGCACCUUAUGUUUGUUUUUACUCAUGUUUUAAAUCACUGUUUGUACAGAAACUGCAGUUUUAUUAAUAAACGUUUCAUGUG